CACCCGAAACGGCCGUAGUUCUCGCUUGCUGUGUCAUCGCAAUCUCGAAAUGCCCUUUUUUUGUUUUCUUUCCUUUUCUGUACGACAGGCCAAGUCCACGAGAGCUGCGUGCUUGGAUGUACGACAAACAGUGUACUCCAUUUCAUCAGUACGCAACGCAAAACCGACCACAAAACGAGCCCUCGGCGCCAAGUCAACGAACAGACAACAAGAGACCCCCCUUGAAACACUCUGGACCCCCCUUCCUCGGAGGGAUCAACCUGGGCCUAUCGAUAAGGAGGACAAGUCUCCUCGACCGAGGGCGGGGGGCUUCGGUGAUCCUUCAAGACGUGUAACUCUCCGACUGAACCGGACACAAAUAUCAUGUUGGGCACUUUCACUUUGACGAUUUGCAUUGGGUCUUGGUGCAUAGUCGUCUAUCCAGCAAACAUGGACCUUCAAACAGAUUCAGGCGGGAAAGGCUUGACAUGGACAAGUCGACCGACAGACCAUUCAAUGCCAACGGUUCAU